AGGGAGAAGGCCUCUCGCUGCGACAAAUCUAAGCGGAGGGGAGGAUUUCGGUGGAGCGGCUAUCGACGCCUUCCGUCGCUGUCUCUCGGAGAUUUGAAGAACAGAUCGGCGUAUUCUUCCUUUCCAUUUGAUCUGUUCUUCUUCGAUCUCUAGGCGAGAUCGAGAUCGUCGGGAUCCGGCAUGGCGUCGAGUGCCGGGGCCACUGGAUGGUUGAGAGGGAGAGUGAAGGCCGUCCCCUCGGGCGAUUGCCUUGUCAUCAUGGGGAGCACCAAGGCGGAGAUCCCACCGGAGAAGACGGUCACUCUGUCCUCUCUCAUCGCUCCGAGAUUGGCUCGCAGAGGCGGCGUUGAUGAGCCGUUCGCCUGGGCUAGUAGAGAGUAUUUGAGGAAGCUCUGCAUUGGAAAGGAGGUUACCUUCAGAGUUGAUUACACUGUUCCAUCCAUUGGCCGGGAAUUUGGUUCUGUGUUUCUCGGCGACGAAAAUCUAGCCUUACUUGUAGUUGCCAAAGGCUGGGCAAAGGUUAGGGAACAAGGUCAGCAGAAAGGAGAAGCAAGCCCUUUUCUGUCUGAACUUUUGCGUCUUGAGGAGCAGGCGAAGCAACAGGGCUUAGGCCGUUGGAGCAAGGAACCCGGUGCCUCGGAGGCAUCCAUUAGGAAUUUGCCACCUUCUGCAAUUGGGGAUCCCAGUAACCUGGACGCAAUGGGUCUUUUGGGUGCCAAUAAAGGUAGACCUAUGCAGGGCAUUGUUGAGCAGGUCCGCGAUGGAAGCACCAUAAGAGUCUAUCUACUGCCUGAGUUUCAGUUUGUUCAAGUGUUCGUGGCAGGUAUCCAGGCUCCUUCAAUGGGGAGACGAGCUGCAGUGGAAGCAACGAUCGAGCCUGAGGUUACUUCCACAGAGACAAAUGGAGAUGCUCCUGCAGAAAGUCAAGUGCCACUAACUUCUGCACAGAAGCUUGCUGCAUCGGCAGCAGUAUCUGGGGAAGUCCAGCCAGACCCAUUUGGAAGGGAAGCAAAGCAUUUCACUGAAACUCGUGUUCUGAACAGAGAAGUGCGCAUUGUACUGGAAGGUGUAGACAAAUUCAGCAAUUUAAUUGGAUCGGUGUAUUACCCUGAUGGAGAUUCAGCAAAGGAUCUAGCGCUGGAGCUUGUAGAAAAUGGUUUAGCAAAAUAUGUGGAAUGGAGUGCAAACAUGAUGGAAGAUGAUGCCAAAAGGCGGUUAAAAGCUGCUGAGCUUCAAGCCAAGAAGGACAGGUUGAAAAUUUGGACAAAUUAUGUCCCUCCAGUCACAAAUUCGAAGGCAAUCCAUGACCAAAACUUCACUGGAAAAGUUGUGGAGGUUGUGAGUGGGGAUUGCAUAAUUGUUGCUGAUGAUGCUGUUCCAUAUGGUAGCCCAUCAGCUGAACGAAGGGUCAAUCUUUCUAGUAUCAGGGCUCCUAAAAUGGGUAACCCACGUAGGGAUGAGAAACCUGCUUCAUAUGCUCGAGAAGCCAAAGAGUUCUUGCGGACUCGCCUUAUUGGUCGGCAAGUCAAGGUAUGCAUGGAAUACUCCAGAAAGGUCGGCAUUGCUGACGGGCCAAAUCCAGUGCCAGCAACAAGCUCAGCGGAUUCGAGAAUCAUGGAUUUUGGCUCUGUUUUCCUGGUGUCUCCAUCAAAACCUGAAGGUGAUGAAGUUACAUCUACUGCUGCUGGAGGUAGCCACCCAGAUGGAAUAAAUGUUGCUGAACUUGUGGUAGCUCGUGGUUUUGCCACCGUGAUCAGGCAUCGUGAUUUUGAAGAGCGAUCAAAUCAUUAUGAUUCUUUACUAGCAGCAGAAUCUCGUGCUAUAAGUGGCAAAAAGGGGAUCCAUUCGGCCAAGGACCCUCCUGUGAUGCAUAUCACUGACCUUGUGACAUCUUCUGCUAAAAAGGCAAAAGACUUUUUACCAUUUCUUCAACGAAGUAGACGGCAUCCAGCUGUGGUUGAAUACGUCCUGAGCGGUCAUCGAUUUAAGUUGCUAAUUCCAAAGGAGACAUGCAGCAUUGCUUUCUCCUUUUCUGGUGUUAGAUGUCCUGGUAGAGAUGAGCCAUACUCUGAUGAGGCUAUUGCUUUCAUGAGAAGAAAAAUACUACAGAGGGAUGUUGAGAUUGAAGUGGAAACAGUUGACAGGACUGGAACAUUCUUGGGGUCUCUAUGGGAAUCAAGGACUAACAUGGCUGUGUCACUUCUGGAAGCAGGACUUGCUAGGUUUCAAUCUGCCUUUGGUGCUGACCGUAUCCCAGAUUCACACCUCCUCUUGCAGGCUGAACAAAGUGCGAAGAAACAGCAGCUUAAAAUAUGGGAGAACUAUGUUGAAGGGCAGGAAGUUGCUAAUGGUACCACCUCUGACACAAAGCAGAAGGAAGUGCUAAAGGUUGUGGUUACUGAAGUACUGGGUGGUGGUAGGUUCUACAUCCAGUCUGUUGCUGACAAGAAGCUGGCGUCCAUCCAGCAGCAGCUUGCCUCCUUGAACCUCCAAGCCCCUUCCAUCAUAGGAGUUUUCAGCCCAAAGAAGGGAGAAAUUGUCCUUGCACAGUAUACAGCAGACAAUUCCUGGAACAGGGCAAUGAUUGUGAAUGCUCCCCGAGGAGCAGUUCAGUCACCUGAUGAUGUUUUUGAGGUGUUUUACAUUGAUUAUGGCAACCAAGAGGCAAUCCCUUACAGUCGGUUGCGGCCUCUAGAUCCCUCCGUCUCUUCAGCACCAGGACUUGCUCAGUUAUGUAGCCUUGCUUACAUAAAAGUACCGACAUUAGAGGAGGACUUCGGUCAUGAAGCAGCUCAAUAUCUAAGUGAAUGCACCCUUGGUAGUUCCAAGGAGCUUAUGGCAAGGGUGGAAGACAGAGACACCUCAGGAGGAAAGGUCAAGGGGCAAGGAACUGGUACGGUUCUCAUAGUAACAUUGGUCGAUGCGGAAGAAGAUUCCAGUAUCAAUGCUGCUAUGCUGCGGGAAGGGCUUGCUAAACUAGAAAGGAGGAAAAGAUGGGAUACAAAAGAGAGGCAGGCGGCACUUGAUAAUCUAGAAGAGCAUCAGGCAAAGGCAAAGCGUGAAAGGCUCAACAUAUGGCAGUAUGGUGAUGUCAUGUCUGAUGAGGAGGAGUCUGAUAUGCCUGCAAGCAGGGGUGGUCGUCGAUGAACAAUGUCGUGAGUUAUUAUCGGUUGGUGUGAGUCAGCUUAAGGAUUCUAACGGGGGACUAUCCAGCUGAAACUUGCCGAGGAAGAGUUAUGGUAUUAUCCUCCCAUAUUUUCUAUCUUUUUUCCUUGGGUCUUCUUCAACUCUCUCUUUACGGGAUAUUUGUUUUCAAAUUUUUUGAAUAAGGGAAGUUUAGAAACGUGUCCCUCCCUCAAGGAGGUCGGCGGUUACAGUCACCUAAUUUAUUUUUGUAGGAAAAUUUCCAAUUUUAGUUAGUUGGUACUUUUUUGGCAGGUGAGGUCAAGUUGUAGCAGACAAUAUUACAAUGGAUUAUAUAAUGUCUUGUUUCGA